UCCUCCGCGUGUGCUCGCAGCAUCAUCACCGUUAGUUAAACGGCAUGGUGAGUUAACGGGAAAGUUCAGUCUGUGAGUUGAGCUGUGUGUCGAGACGGGGAUACGGUAGUUUUACCGGGCGUGUGUUUCCAGACUUUCAGAAGCAAUGGCAGCCUUUGGUGGAGCUGUGCCAUAAAGCCGAAGGAGCGUCCUCUGACCCAGCGCACCCCCCAGUGACCCCCAGGCCCCCAUCUCACUCAGGAAUAUCAUGGGAGCCCCCCCAGUUCACCUUUCCCCACUCCUCCUCCUCCUCCUCCUCCUCCUCUCCUUCCUCCUCCUGGCCCAGCCCUGCACCUCCAUCAGGCCCCAGGUUGUGGAGCGAGCGUCUGCCUCCGAGCAGCCUCAGUCCCUCGCUAACUCUACAGGGUCUGGCAAGCGGACAUGUCCGGGCGUGGUGGUGUGUAGACCCGGUAUCCUGCUGCCGGUCUGGUUGCCACUCAACCCUCCACUGGGGGAGCAGGCAGGGAGGGCUCUUGUCUACUUCAUCUGUCUCAUGUACAUCUUCAUGGGUAUAUCCAUCAUCGCAGAUCGCUUCAUGGCAUCCAUAGAAGUCAUCACCUCUCAGGAGAAAGAGGUGACCAUCACUAAACCCAACGGGGAAACAACAGUAACGACAGUAAGAGUCUGGAAUGAGACUGUGUCCAACCUCACGCUCAUGGCCCUGGGCUCCUCGGCGCCUGAGAUCCUGCUCUCUGUUAUUGAGGUGUGUGGGCACAACUUUGAUGCAGGGGAGCUGGGCCCCAGCACCAUAGUGGGCAGCGCAGCCUACAAUAUGUUUGUGAUAAUUGGUCUGUGUGUGUGGGUGAUCCCAAACGAUGAGUCUCGCCACAUCAAACACCUGAGAGUGUUUUUUAUAACGGCUUUCUGGAGUAUUUUUGCCUACAUUUGGCUCUACCUCAUACUGGCUGUCAUCUCACCUGGGAUUGUAGAGGUGUGGGAGGCCAUAGUGACACUGCUUUAUUUCCCGGUGUGUGUGAUCUUGGCUUGGAUCGCUGACCGUCGCCUACUCUUCUACAAAUACAUGCACAAGCGUUACCGUGCUGACAAGAGGCACGGCAUUGUGGUUGAAAUGGAAGGUGACCUCGAGGCCAAAGGCAUUGACGUGAUCAUGGAUAGAAAGUUGUCAGACGCCCGUUCGUGCCCUGGAAACUCCUCCAGUGUGACAGUCUCCGUGCAGACAGGCAAUGAACUAGACCAGAACAACGAUGAGGUGGUCCGCAUCCUGAAAGACCUGAAGGAGAAACACCCAGACAAAGACCUGGACCAGCUGAUUGAGAUGGCCAACUACUCUUCCCUGGUCCACCAGAAGAAGAGCCGCGCCUUCUACCGUGUCCAGGCGACGCGCAUGCUGAUCGGUGCCGGCAACAUAUUGAAGAAACAUGCUGCUGAUCACUCACGCCGCUCAGCAGGCCAGGACUCUGACAAGGCCACGUGCUCGCACAUUUGUUUUGAAAGUGCCCAGUACCAGUGCACAGAGAACUGCGGCUCUCUGAGCCUUGGGGUGAUCCUCGAGGGAGGCACAGGCCAGGACACUUUCUAUGUGGACUACUGUACAGAAAAUGGCUCCGCCAAUGCUGGGGAGGACUAUGAAUUCAGUAAGGGAACCCUGGUGUUUAAGCCAGGGGAGAGCCACAAAGAGAUCAAGGUGGGCAUCUUGGAUGAUGACGUCUUUGAGGAGGACGAGCACUUCUUUGUGCGUCUUCAGAACCUGAGGUUAGAAGAAGGUGGAAAUGAAGGGGCAGGAACUCCCCCAAAGGGUCGGCUAGUGGAGCCACUGGUGGCCACCGUCACCAUCUUGGACGAUGACCACGCUGGCAUCUUCACCUUUGGCCAGCGUGUGCUGCGGGUGAGUGAGAGCACAGGCACGCUGACGGUGACAGUGGUGAGGAACUCGGGCUCCAGGGGCACCGUCGCCGUGCCCUACCAUACUGAGGAUGGCAGUGCAAAGGCUGGGGUGGACUACGAGGAGGCCAGAGGGGAGCUGGAAUUCACCAAUGAAAAGACUAGUCAGACCUUACAGGUGCACAUUAUAAAUGUGGAAGAGUACGAGAAGCAGGAAAACUUCUUCAUUGUGCUAGAGGACCCCAAAUGGCUGAAGAGAGGAAUCUCGGCACUGCUGCUAAACCAGGGCAAUCCCACCCCUGAGGAGGAAGAGGCCAGGAGGAUCGCUGAGAUGGGCAAACCCAUUCUAGGAGAGCACAGCAGGCUAGAAGUCAUCAUAGAGGAGUCCUGUGAGUUUAAGAACACCGUGGACAAACUCCUGAAGCACACAAAUCUGGCUGUAGUGCUCGGCACUCACUCGUGGAGGGAACAGUUCAUUGAAGCAGUGACAGUCAGUGCAGCCAUUGUUGGAGACCUAGCUUCCCAUUUUGGCUGCACCGUCGGCCUGAGAGACACUGUCACUGCGGUGGUUUUUGUAGCACUGGGGACUUCACUACCUGAUACCUUUGCCAGUAAAGUGGCUGCCACUCAGGACCAGUAUGCAGAUGCAUGUGUGGGAAAUGUGACAGGAAGCAACGCGGUUAAUGUGUUUUUGGGCAUCGGGGUGGCCUGGUCCGUGGCUGCCGUAUAUUGGCAAGUCAAAGGUAAGGUGUUUCGUGUUGACCCCGGCUCGCUGGCCUUCUCCGUCACACUCUUCACCAUUUUUGCCUUCAUCGCCAUGGGAGUGCUGAUGAUACGCCGGAGGCCAUCCAUAGGCGGCGAACUGGGUGGCCCGCGGAUCCCCAGAGUCCUCACUUCACUGUUUCUCUGUGGACUCUGGUUCCUCUACAUCCUCUUCUCCAGCUUGGAGGCCUAUUGCCAUAUACAGGGCUUCUGAGGGAGCACAGCUGGGGAGAGUAACGACUGCACUAACAAACAAACACACAUACCCGGGACCGUUCACCUGUACAGUUCUGUUCCAGUAACUACCACUGGGAAGACAUAUCAUCACUUUACAACUGCUGCCAUGGUUCAUAAAACACACACACACACUACAGACUUCGCACAUGCAAACCUGUACGUCACAUCCACUGCAGGACAGUUCCAGUCAGCCCAAUUUAUUGUGACAGCACUGAUUCAUUUUCACGUAAGUGGACUAAAUAACAUGCAGUUUUUUGAUAAAGGAGAGCAAAGCAGGAACGCAUGUACUCUGUGAAGUCACUGGAUUUUGCUUGAUACUGGCUUAAUGCCUGAUGGCUCAUAACCUGGAUUUCAAGUUUGGUCUUAUUUCUCCUCACGCUUAUAGAGGCUGGGUCAGAUUAGACUGCCUCAGCUAGUAAUGAAAUGAUAAAAACGACAGCUGCUUUUACACAGAUUUGCAAUGUAGGGACACCUCUGAGUAUAUCAUCACACUUAUACCAUGGCCGCUUGUCACAGGCAAAAACAGAAGCUGUGUUGAAACUUUCAUCCAAGUUUGUCGUCAGUAAGCAUUACCCCAUAAUUAGGUCUGUUUGACCAGUUAGAGGUCUGUCACGUAGCUCAAAGCAAAAGUGAUGUUGCUAUGGUUACCUCCAUUUUUUUUUUUUGCGCACACAUUUAGAACAGUAGUAAUAAAACUGUUGACUGGAAGUGUUUGCGUUGUCUUGGUGUACAAUUUUGGAUGGAACUGCCAGCCAAUUAGAGGUGUUUUCUGCGGCCGUGGUAUAAAAAAAACGGAGCACAGUUGGGUUACAGUCCACAGUUUGGGAGAUAAGCUGCUGUAGUAUCUCACACUGAUGAAUUGUGUUUCGCUGUUAAAUGAUGUGACACGAGGCAUUGUGUAGUAAAAUGUAAUUUACCUACUGAAUUCAGUCGCACUAUAUAAAUAUUGAUAAUAGUAUUGAAAUGUAUAAUUGACAAAGAAGUACACAGGCAAUGAAUUUCUAAUAAGCCGUGGAAUGAAAAAAAAAAGUACCUAGUAUCUGCCAUUGAGUGUGAUUGUGUAGAAGUGAUGAUUUAUUCACCCCUGAAGUCUUAUCUGUUUAUUUAUUAAUGAUGUAAUUUAAUGUCUUUGUAAUAUAAUGUAUACAAGCUGAUAUGAACAAAAAUAUAUUGUAAUUUAUUGUAAGCUGUAAUAAUUACAUUGACAUUUUAACUGAGUGUGUCUCAAUUGGAUCAGCCACACUGGUUGUUUAAGUAUUACUUCCUCAUUAGUGCAGAAGAAGACAGAUUGUCUCUGGAUUUGAAGACGGUAAUAUCAAGAUUUUUGUAAGGCAAUUGGAUUUGUCAUUAAGGGCAUUUGUUAUGGUUUGACACACACUGACUUAAAUACAUGUUAUACUCUUCAA